UAUCAGCUGCAACAAGGCUGUAUAAAAAUUCCCUUCAAUUUGAAAUUUAAACUCAUAUGGGCAAACUAUUAAAUUGAUUUGUCGUCUUAUAUUAAUUACGGAUGUAAUUUUAAGAAAGUCAGAAAUCUGGAUUAAAUUAAAAUAGUUUUAGUCUAUAAUAUGAAUCUUAAAGUUCUAAAUAAAAUUACAUUUAAUUGCUAAAAUUGUAAAUGUCAGUGAUUGCAUAACAUGCCAGGUGAAAUAUUGUUUUAAAUAUGAAUUACUCGAGUGUAAAUUUAUUAAUUAAUACAAGUCUCAAAGUCGAUCGAAGCUUGACGCAAAAACUGUCUAACAUAUGGCAUAAGGGUUAUGUUUUGAGUAACCGUUAUCAAAUAAGAUGUAUUCCUUUAAAGUCGUGUUUACACAUUUCUCAUGCAACUAGUCAAUCACACAAAGAGGACGUCCUUUUGUCACCGCAAGAGGUUUCAGUUAUUCUUCGUAAGAAUGAAUUCACAAAAGACUUCAGUUACGGCUCUGUUAAAUCUUAUGACUCAAAUCAAUUGCCAUCUAAUAAUCCCAUCGAAGACACAAGAAAUGAGGGUUACUCUAAAAUGGUACCAGGUCUACUAGUUGGUGUUUUCGAUGGACACGGAGGGCCUGCAUGUGCACAAGUUUUAUCUAAACGUCUCUUUAAGUAUCUGGUUGCCGCUCUUAUGCCUAUUGAGACACUAAAAAAUUAUAUAAAGCAGGAACCACGUGCACUCAUUGUGGAAACAUUUAAUGACCGAGCUGAAAUUGUACAAGAUCUGAAGGAAAUAUAUGACAAGAGCUUCAAUGGUUUUCUACAGAAACUUAUUGACAGCAAUAGGAGAGAAGUUGAUGUGUCAGCUUCAUUAGAAAAAGGUAUUUUACAAUUGGACGAGGAUUUGUCAAUGGAAGUGUUGGAGCCGUUUAAAGAAAACGGUACAAUAAAUAAUAAGACAUUAUCUGUGGCUUUGUCUGGUGCUGUGGUUUGUGUGUCAUAUAUAAACGGACCUCACCUCUAUGUAGCAAAUGUUGGUGAUUGCAAUGCGGUUAUUGGAACAAUCAAUGAAGAUAAUGAAUGGUCAGCAAAGAAAAUUACAAAGGAGCACAAUGCAGAAAAUCAUGAUGAGCUCAAGAGAAUAUGGAGUGAACAUCCGGAGGAGGAACGCAGAACUGUUAUCAGGAGGGAUCGCCUGCUAGGUGAACUGGCACCAUUAAGGAGUAUGGGUGACUAUAGAUAUAAAUGGAAAAGUGAAAUAUUAACUGACAUAGUGGUGCCAUUAAUUGGUCAGAAGGGUGUUCCAGCCAAUUAUAAUACACCGCCAUACUUGACAGCCAAACCAGAUGUGUUUUACCAUAGAUUGACAUCCAAGGACAAAUUUAUGGUGAUAGCCUCUGAUGGUCUAUGGGAUAUGUUGACUCCGUUGCAAGCUGUCAAGUUGGUUGGUGAGCACAUGAAGGGAAAAGUGUUCUUCAAUCCACUUAAAUUGCCAAAGAAUAAUAUACAAUUAGGUGACAUCAAUGAACUACUGCUGCAUAGGAAGGAAAGUUUGAAAAGUAAACCAAAAGAUAGGAAUGCAGCCACUCAUCUCAUAAGGCAUGCUAUCGGUGGUACCGAAUAUGGUGUCGAUCAUUCAAGAUUGGCUCAUUUACUGGGUUUAUCACCAGAUGUGAGUCGUAUGUUCAGAGAUGACAUCACAGUCACCGUAGUAUAUUUUGACUCUGAAUAUCUCAGACAAUGUCCAGCAUAAUCUUAUAAUGUAUAAAUGUAGUUCCUUAAAAUCACAAUUCAUGCUCCAUAAUGGUUAUUAAAAAAUAUGUUGCUAUUACGUUCCUAAAGAUAUUGAGUCAUAUUUUAACAUUUUUUAACAGAUCAUUUAGUUAGUUUGUUACAUGCCAUUUGUAAAUUAUAAAUGUCCGUGUCCAUAUUUAUUAUUUUAGUUUUUUUUUUAAUAUUAGAUUUUUCAUGUGUGCUAUUUAGUAUAUCUUAUAUUGCGAGUGAUAAUUAUUUAUUUUUCAAUUGUUUUAUAUAUUUUCAUAUUAUCCAAUUGACAAAUAUAACAUGAUGCCCAUUAAUUGAUUGUGAAAGAAUACUUAAUAUAGUGUGAACAUUUAUUUAUAUGUGUAUUACAUUAAAUUACUUAAUAUUUGAAAUUAUUCCAUUAUUAAAUUGAGAUUAAUAAUAAUUAAAUAAUGUUAUUAUCGAAUCAAUUUCAUAUUAUUAAUUCUUUAGAAAUUUUCUCAACUGUAUGAGGUGCUAAACUUUACUCUUAAAUUAAUGUGUAGUAUAACCUGUCGUCUUAUUCUGAAAUAUAUGAAAUCUCUUAACUAUUAUCCAAUUAUAGAAUUCUUUUUUUAAAUAGAAUUGAGAUAUUUUUUUUAUUUUGUAAUAUGUGUUCAACCAUUCAGCCAAUUUGUGUAUAUUCGAAUUAAACUGUCUACUAUUAAUAGAAUUUCUCUUCAACUAACAUUUAAAGUUGAAAAUCAAUUUUUUAACAUCAACAUUUAUGUAUAAAUUCUUUAACUUCUUACAAAAUGUAAUAAAAAAAUGUCCUUUAUAUUUAUUGGUUUAGGUAUAUUUUAUAUAUUGGAACAGUAUAAUAGAAUUAUUAGUAAAUUAAAUCUGUAGUUAUUAAUGUUUUCAUGUAUGUAAUAUGUUCAUAUCAAAACUCCAAAGACAAUUUUUAUUCUAGUUUUGAAGACUCAGAUCCGAAGUUAUUCAGCCAAUUUUGAGAUAUCGUUUCUAUUAUUGGAAUUUUUCUGAAUCAUACAAACAAAUAUGAGGGUGUUAAAAUAAUUGUAAAUUUUUUAACUAGGUACCCAAAAAUAAACCAGUUAUAUGUCUUUAUAUGCUCAAUCCGUUACACUCUUUGAAUUAUUACAAUUGACUGUACCUGUUGUGAAAUGAAAAUACGUACUUAAUUAUUUGUUGAUUUGUUAACAGACUCAUGAUUAGGAUACAAGUAGUUUAGAAUUAAAAUUUUUUGUCACUUAUAAUAUUGCACAUGUAUGAUGUUUAUCUUUUGUGAACUCGGUCGACGAAUAAAAUGUUUAGAAAUUUGAAUGGUUGUAGUUAGUUUAUUAAUUUAUUAGUAAUAUUAUUUUUUUUCCUUUAAACCCUUUAACAGCGUUUUAUAUGUCUCAAUCAAGUUUGUCACGAAGUUCAAUAUAAUUCAAUAGCAUCAAUGCAACAAUUUCAAGCAAUGAAAAUGAAAAUCGUUACUCCUGGGGCCCUACUUAUUUAGUAUUAAAUAAACAAACAAGCGUGCAUUAUAUACACUUUCUUACCUUACUUCUUUCUGAACUCUGGUCUGCUUCAACUUUAUUAAUAGUUAAAAUAAAUUAAUUAAAUUACUCAUACUGUCUCUUUCAGACGAUGCUAACUUUAUAGUGUAGUGUACAUUCUCGAACGGGUUCUCAAGUUACAUACCUCAUUUCUUUCUUACAUUUUCUUAUAGCUAUUGAAAUCUCACAUUUUCGUACUGUCAACUGUUUUCACACAAUUUGUUUUUAUAAUUUGUGUACGUAAAUUGUAUUUAAAUGUUUUUGUAAUGUCUAAAAUUAUUAUCAUGAAAAUUUGUCGCAUAAAUAAUAAAAACGAGAUACUCUUCAG